AUGUCUCCAGUUCGAAGAGCCAUGGCGUUAGCAUCCACCACGUUGCCAACGAAGACCGGAUUGUCUCUUUGGUGUCCGUCUUCUCCGUCUCUCGCUCGCCGUCUUCCCGCUCGUUUUUCUCCGAUCGGCUCCAGGAUCGCUUCCAGAGGCCUCGUCACUGCUUCCUUCGCUAACGAGAAUCGCGAGUUUGUGAUAAUUGGUGGAGGAAAUGCUGCUGGUUAUGCUGCUAGGACUUUUGUAGAGAAUGGAAUGGCCGAUGGUCGUCUCUGCAUUGUCACUAAAGAGGCUUACGCACCUUAUGAGAGACCUGCUUUGACGAAAGCUUACUUGUUCCCUCCAGAGAAGAAGCCAGCUCGUUUACCUGGGUUUCAUACUUGUGUUGGAGGUGGUGGAGAGAGGCAAACACCAGAUUGGUAUAAGGAGAAAGGAAUUGAGAUGAUAUAUGAAGAUCCAGUGACUGGAGCUGAUUUUGAAAAGCAAACCCUCACUACAACCACAGGGAAGCAGUUGAAAUAUGGAUCGCUAAUUAUUGCUACAGGGUGUACAGCCUCAAGGUUCCCUGAUAAAAUUGGUGGGAACUUGCCUGGUGUUCACUAUAUCCGUGAGGUUGCAGAUGCUGAUUCAUUGAUAGCAUCUCUGGGAAAGGCAAAGAAAGUUGUGAUUGUUGGUGGUGGCUACAUCGGCAUGGAGGUUGCUGCUGCAGCUGUUGCUUGGAAUCUAGAUACAACGAUUGUGUUCCCUGAAGAUCAGCUUUUACAAAGAUUGUUCACGCCAUCACUUGCUCAAAGAUACGAAGAACUCUACCGUCAAAAUGGUGUAAAGUUUGUCAAGGGCGCUUCCAUAGAUAACUUAGAAGCAGGUUCCGAUGGGCGUGUAUCAGCUGUUAAGCUCGCUGAUGGGUCUACAAUUGAAGCAGACACGGUAGUGAUCGGAAUUGGAGCUAAGCCUGCUAUUGGCCCCUUUGAAACAUUAGCCAUGAACAAAAACAUUGGAGGAAUUCAGGUUGAUGGCUUGUUCAGGACAAGCACACCUGGAAUUUUCGCUAUUGGAGAUGUUGCAGCCUUCCCUUUAAAGAUAUACGAUCGAAUGACUCGUGUUGAACACGUUGAUCACGCCCGCCGCUCUGCGCAACACUGUGUCAAAUCGCUCCUCACUGCACACACUGACACGUACGAUUAUCUCCCGUAUUUCUACUCAAGAGUGUUCGAGUAUGAAGGCAGCCCAAGAAAAGUUUGGUGGCAGUUUUUUGGAGAUAAUGUGGGAGAAACAGUUGAGGUUGGGAACUUCGACCCGAAAAUAGCUACCUUCUGGAUUGAUUCUGGUAGGUUGAAAGGUGUUCUUGUCGAAAGUGGAUCGCCUGAGGAGUUCCAGCUUCUGCCAAAGCUAGCAAGAAGCCAACCUCUAGUGGAUAAAGCUAAACUCGCAAGCGCAUCUUCAGUUGAAGAAGCCCUUGAGAUUGCUCAAGCAGCUCUACAGAGUUAG